CAAGUUCCUCCAAGGCUAUUGCUGACUCUGCUGUUGUUUCUUUUCUAUGCUUCACCUUCUCAUUCCUCAAAACCAGAGAAUAAUAUGGUACGGAGAGCCCCACAGAAAGAGUGGUGGAGGACAAUAAGUGGAAUGGAGGAAGAGGAUGGUGGUAGCAGGCCAUUGAAGGUUACGUUCUCUGAAGCUGCAAUCAACUGGACCGAUGCCAUACCCAUCGGAAAUGGCCGUCUUGGGGCUAUGAUUUGGGGUGGUGUUUCAUCGGAGCUUCUCCAGCUAAAUGAAGACACACUUUGGACUGGAAUGCCUGGCGAUUACACCAACAGUAGUGCUCCAGCAGCAUUGGCUAAAGUUCGAAAACUUGUUGAUAACAGAAAUUACUCUCAAGCUACAGAAGAAGCUGUCAAUUUGUCAGGAGAGCCUUCUGCUGUGUACCAACUUCUUGGUGAUAUCAAGCUAGAAUUUGACGAUUCUCAUGCUGUAUACUCGAAUGAGUCUUACUACAGAGAGCUGGAUUUGGAUACUGCAACAGCAAAAGUAAAAUACUCUGUUGGUGAUGUUGAAUUCAGCAGAGAACAUUUUGCUUCUUAUCCAGACCAAGUGAUAGUGUCAAGGAUUUCUGCAAGCAAGCCAGCUUCUUUGUCAUUUACAGUGUCUUUGGAUAGCAAAUUACCUCACAAUUUGCAAGUUAGUGGCCAAAAUCAGGUAAUAAUGGAAGGAAGCUGUCCUAGCAGAAGGAUACCACCGAAUGCAAAGUCACCACCUUCAUCGAUGGCUAAUUCAAGUAUUGAUCCGAAGGGAAUUAAGUUUUCUGCUGUCCUUGAUGUACAAAUUACUGGUGAGAAGGGGGUUGUGCAUGUUUUGGAAGGUCCAAAGCUUAGGAUUGAAGGUUCAGAUUCUGCUAUUUUGCUUCUGACAGCUUCUUCUUCAUUUGAUGGGCCAUUCACUAAGCCUGAAAACUCUAAGAAGAAUCCUACUUCAGAUUCUCUCAAUACAAUGAAAUCGGUUAAAAAGUUGUCAUAUGCUAACCUUUAUUCACGCCAUUUGGAUGACUAUCAAAAUCUAUUUCAUCGUGUGUCGUUGCAACUCUCGAAAAGCAGCAAGGCUGCUGUGAAGAAUAGGAAAUUGGUUUCCUCUCAAUCUAACAUCCCUCAAACCAUUCCAACUUUGGCGAGGAUCAGCUCUUUUCAAACAGAUGAAGAUCCUUCAUUUGUGGAGCUCUUGUUUCAAUAUGGUAGGUAUAUACUAAUUUCUAGUUCGCGUGCUGGAACUCAGGUCUCAAAUCUACAGGGCAUAUGGAACAAGAAUCUUGAGCCUGCAUGAGUUUGUAACUUGUAUUCCUUUGUUAUCUGCAGCGGUGCGCCUCACUUGAACAUUAAUCUUCAAAUGAACUAUUGGCCAACUCUUGCUUGCAAUCUACAUGAAUGUCAAGAGCCAUUAUUUGAUUACAUUUCCUCUUUGUCAGUCACUGGUAGUAAAACUGCAAAGGUGAACUAUGAAGCAAACGGUUGGGUUGCACAUCAAGUUUCUGACAUAUGGGCUAAAUCGUCCCCAGAUCGAGGUCUUGCAGUUUGGGCAUUAUGGCCAAUGGGUGGAGCUUGGCUUUGUACCCAUCUAUGGGAGCAUUAUACUUAUACAAUGGACAAAGAUUUUCUAAAAAAUAAGGCAUAUCCUUUAUUGGAAGGAUGUACUUCGUUUCUGUUGGAUUGGUUGAUUGAAGGUCCUAAUGGAUUAUUAGAAACCAACCCAUCAACUUCACCAGAGCACAUGUUCAUUGCACCAGAUCAAAAGCCUGCCAGUGUGAGCUACUCGACUACUAUGGACAUAUCGAUCAUCAAAGAAGUUUUCUCUUCAAUUGUAUCUGCUGCUGAGGUUCUGGGGACAAGUAAUGAUGCUAUUAUCAAAAGGGUAACUGAGGUUCAGUCCAAGCUUCCACCAACAAAAAUUGCUAGUGAUGGUUCCAUUAUGGAAUGGGCAGAAGAUUUCCAAGACCCUGAAAUACAUCAUAGACAUGUUUCACAUUUAUUUGGCCUGUUUCCAGGGCACACAAUAACUCCUGACAAAACUCCAGACCUCUGUAAAGCCGCAGAUUAUACUCUAAUUAAAAGAGGAGAGGAAGGUCCAGGGUGGUCAACAACUUGGAAAGCUGCGUUAUGGGCAAGACUUAAGAACAGUGAGCAUGCAUAUCGCAUGAUAAAGCACUUGAUUGUAUUGGUGGAUCCUUUUCAUGAAAGUAAUUAUGAAGGAGGACUCUACAGUAACCUCUUCACUACACAUCCUCCAUUCCAGAUUGAUGCUAACUUUGGUUUUUCAACAGCAGUUGCAGAAAUGCUUGUUCACAGCACAAUGAAGGACCUUUACUUGCUUCCGGCGUUGCCUCGCGACAAAUGGCCGAACGGCUGCGUGAAAGGAUUGAAAGUACGCGGCGGGAUCACAGUGAACAUAUGCUGGAAAGAAGGUGAUCUGCAUGAAGUUGGGCUAUGGUCAGAAAACCAGAAAUCCCAAGUGAGACUACACCAUAGAGAAACCAUGGUGCUAGCUGAAUUAUCACCAGGCAUAGUUUACUCUUACAAUAACCAGUUGAAGUGUGUGAAGACAUACUCUCUUUAAGUGAUUCAUUGAAAUCUUUCUUCCAACCUGGCCAAUAAUUCCACUAAGGAGCAUGCAUUCAUUUGUUACAUCUUGAUUCAUUUCAUUUCAUUUCAUGAUGAUUUAUAAUUGUAUUCUUCCUAGAGUGUUAUCUUAGCCACGGAUCAUGUAAUUUAACAGUGAAAUAUUCGGUCAAUGUAUUUGCACAACAGUUGAGGGUAUAAAGCCAUUUAAUAGUAUAAUACUACCAUUUGUUUUAAUACCUAAA